AUGCCCGCUUCUCUGGUAUCGCCGCCGCCUGGUUCAUCUCUGCCGUCUCAGGCGACUAGCGCCAUAGCGCCGUUUCCUAGCAAACUCUUCGUCAUGGUCAAUGACCCAACCACAGAUGAAUUGAUUCGCUGGUCCGACGAAGGUACUUCGUUCAUUGUCUCUCGGCCGACAGAGUUUGCGAAGCGAAUCUUGCCACGGUUUUUCAAACACGAUCACUUUUCGUCUUUUGUCCGACAGCUCAACACGUAUGGUUUCCACAAGGUGCCUCAACUUCAACAAGGCGUUCUGCGGCCGGAUGAUGUUUCGGUGGAUUGGAUAGAGUUUUCAAACCCUCAUUUUCGACGCAAUCAGCCAGACCUGCUCUUACUGGUUCAACGCAAACGCAGUGGCAGCAACACUAAUAAGCAACAAGAUGUCGCUAAAAAAGGAGCCGUUCGACGAAGACAAGAGCAAGAAUUCGAUGAUGCUGUGUUAUCAUCUUCUUCUUCCUCCCUUGGCACAUCAUCGCCGUCAUCAUCUCUGCCUCCAACACCCACCUCGCCCGCUUUAUCGUCAUCAUCAUCAUCAUCGUCAUCGUCACCACCACCACCAUUGCGACAAAAACAAAAACCGAGUUUUUCCAACGGCGAUAUGCGCAGGAUAUAUGAGGAAAUCACGGCAAUCAAGAACCAUCAGUUGAGUAUCAGUAAUGAGCUAAAACAGAUCCAGAGCAACAACCAAGUCUUGUGGCAAGAAAUUCUUUCUGCAAGGGAACGUCACCAGCGACACCAAGAUACGAUUGACAAAAUUCUACAGUUUUUGGCUUCCGUGUAUACCUCGUCGUCACUGUCGUCGUCGUCGUCAUUGUCGUCAUCAUCAACACCGGCCUCAUCAUCCGGCGGUCCACUGAAAACAAAGAAACGGCGUCUAAUGAUUGGUGAGCAACGAGAAGAAGAAGAGUCUGCUAAGCUUUCGCCUGUAGUUUUGUCCGGUACUUCCACAUCGCCACCUACUAUUACAACGUUUGAUUUAAAUGAUCUUGUAGAAUUGCCUCGAAACGACGAUCAGAAUCAUUUACAAUCAUUAUGCCAAGUCGUUCAACCGGGCCAACAAGAUGUGUUUCUCAAUGAUGCAAUAACGCCAUCGCUCCUCCCAGAGGUCACUAGCCAAAUUCAGUCUGUGGGUCAUGCAGCCAGCGCUAUCAGUGGUAAUAUUGAUCAGCUUGGUAGCAGCAUCGAGGCUUUGGCUCAACAAAUGGGAAUACAACAUCAAGGUGACGCUUCUAUGGGAAUUACUGACACUACUAACUUUGAGGAUGACGCUUUCUGGAACUUUUGGUCCAAUGCCAUCGAGAAUUGA